GGUUUUCAUGGAAAAUGCAUUGCGCUCAGGCCAUUAGCCAUCACACACUCCAUCGCUGCCAUACUGAGAACAGAGAAAGGGCACUGUUUUAAACCUGUUUGAUAAGGAACAUUCAUCUGUGGUCAAUAUACCCAAACCAACCUGUUUCAUCUGUGGAUAUUGCUUGGAGAGUAAAAGGAGACGAGGGACAGUGGAAGAGAUUGUGGAAUAUGAAAUAAGUGGAAUAAACACCUAAUGUAAAAACACUAUGAUGGAACAAUUCAGACUCAAUGGUAAGUCCAUCAGUUUUACAUGGUAAAACUAUAUAUAUUUUAUUAAGUGUAGCAAUGUUAGAUUUUCUGUUUCUUUUGAAAACAUUAUGCUUGGUAUAGGUCUAUUUGUGUUUUAUAUGGUGCUUAUGUCAUAUGCAUGUUCAUGAUUCUUAUGUGUUAGAGGCUACAUGAUGACUUGCGAUGGACAGUAUCAUUGUACAGUAUCAUCGUCCCUUCAGUAAGUUCAGUUUAUGAAGAUGUCAAAUAAGUACAAUAUAAAAGGCUUAUUUACAUAAUGACUUUUUCAAUCCGAUAUAGUUACUACGAGCAUGCCCUUUCGUAAAAACAAACCAAUGUUUCCACUCUAUAUUAUAGACCACAGAUAGAAAGGUGGAUAUGAAAUGUCUAAGAAACAACAUUUGUCUUAUGGAGUAGUGGCUGAGUAAAUAUAGGGUAUAGUAUAGUCCAUUUGAAGAGUUCAUUUCCAAAACGCUAUAUCCACCAAUGUUUUCAUCAGAAAUGAUUGCUUAUGAGUACCUUCAUGUGUGUCUAAAAUAUUACUGUUCUCAGAUUUUUUAUUCAUAUAUUUUAGAUGUGUAUGAAAAUGUUUUUUUAUUUUUGCUCAACGCUAUAUAUCCAUCUUUUAGCUGGAAUGGAAUGUUCGUAUCCUGUAUAUUUGACUGUGAUAUGUGGUUGUCUCACCUAGCUAUUUUGAUGAAUGCACUUACUGAAAGUCCCUCUGGAUAAGUGCAUCUACUAUUUUACUAAAAUGUCAAAGGUAAAUGUUUUACAUACAGAUCUCAUAUUACUGUAUUGAAUUCUUAUUUAUCUUUAUUAAAAUGUUAUUUCAAUAUCUGUCACAAAUGUAUCAUUUGUACAGUUCUUUAUAAAAAAUGUAGUUAUUUGUUACAUUUGGCUGUUUGAAACCUAGCAGUACUUCUUAUUUCUCUGAGAGUGAGGUGGAUAUAUAACAUUUAGCAAAAAAACUAUAUUAUUACUUGUCUCUAAAAUGAAAUCAUCAAGUGUGUCACGAUCGUCGAUAGAUGAAGCGGACCAAGGCGCAGCGUGAUAGGCGUACAUACUUUAUUUCGUACACAACACGAACCAAAACAAUAAACAAACGAUACGUGAAGUCCUAGGUUAAUAACACAAACCUUAACGGAACAAGAUCCCACAAAAUAACAGUGCCAAACAGGCUGCAUAAGUAUGGUCCCCAAUCAGAGACAACAAGCUACAGCUGCCUCUGAUUGGGAACCACCCUGGCCAACAUAGAUAUGCAUGAACUAGAACACAAACCUAGAAAACUAAACAAUAGAAAAUCCACACCCUGGCUCAACAUUUAAUAGUCCCCAGAGCCAGGGCGUGACAGUACCCCCCCCCCCCCCCCCCCCGGGAACUGCGACCGCGCCAACCAAACACAAGAGGUUAGGGGCCGGGUGGGCAUUCCGCCUCGGCGGCAUAUCCGGCUCCGGGCGUGACCACCCCUCUAUCUCUACCCCCCCCGUAGCGCCCCUGGUCUGGACCGGCCCCGCUGGCCGGAGCUGGACUGAACACCGGUGGAGCGGAUUGCUCUGGCUCCGGCGUGGAGCAGCUGACCGGUGCCGGACCAGGCACCGGUGGAACAGGCACGGACCGUGCCGGACUGACGACGCGCACCCCUGGCUUGGUGCGGGGAGCAGGAACGGGCCGGACCGGGCUGACGACGCGCACCAUUGGCUUGGUGCGGGGAGUAGGAACGGGCCGGACCGGGCUGACGACGCGCACCACUGGCUUGGUGCGGGGAGCAGGAACGGGCCGGACCGGGCUGACGACGCGCACCACUGGCUUGGUGCGGGGAGCAGGAACGGACCGGACCGGGCUGACGACGCGCACCAUUGGCUUGGUGCGGGGAGCAGGAACAGGCCGGACUGGGCUGGCGACGCGCACCACUGGCUUGGUGCGGGGAGCAGGAACGGGCCGGACCGGGCUGACGACGCGCACCACUGGCUUGGUGCGGGGAGCAGGAACGGGCCGGACCGGACUGACGACGCGCACCAUUGGCUUGGUGCGGGGAGCAGGAACAGGCCGGACCAGGCUGACGACGCGCACCACUGGCUUGGUGCGGGGAGCAGGAACAGGCCGGACCGGGCUGGCGACGCGCACCACAGGCUUAGUGCGGGGAGCAGGAACGGGCCUGACCGUACUGGGAACACACACCACUGGCCUUGUGCGGGAAUCAGGAACGGGCCGGACCGGACUGGUGACACACACCACUUGCUUGGUGCGAGGAGCGGGACUGGGUUUCCUCACAAACCUCCGCUCCCUCUGCUGCCUACUCAGUUCCUCUCGCCGUGCCUCCACACUAUCCUUCUCCCUCGUGACCAGUGGCCCCCGUAACCUGGCGGCCUCCACUGCCAACCUGCUGAACCGCUCUAUCGCGGCCUCCCGCUGCCUCUUCGUCCACGGCGUGAGCCCCCCCCUAAAAUGUUUUGGGGCUUGUCUCUCCCCCGUGCUCAUGGCCUCCAUCCCUCUUGCCAGACUCUCACUCAUCUCCUCCCAGGUCCAUCCUCUCUCCUCGUCACGCUGCUUGAUCCAGUCGAGGUGGGAUCUUCUGUCACGAUCGUCGAUAGAUGAAGCGGACCAAGGCACAGCGUGAUAGGCGUACAUACUUUAUUUCGUACACAAGACGAACCUAAACAAACGAUACGUGAAGUCCUAGGUUAAUAACACAAACCUUAACGGAACAAGAUCCCACAAAAUAACAGUUCCAAACAGGCUGCCUAAGUAUGGUUCCCAAUCAGAGACAACAAGCUACAGCUGCCUCUGAUUUGGAACCACCCUGGCCAACAUAGAUAUACAUGAACUAGAACACAAACCUAGAAAACUAAACAAUAGAAAAUCUACACCCUGGCUCAACAUUUAAUAGUCCCCAGAGCCAGGGCGUGACAAAGUGAUAGAUUUUUAACAAAUACAUGUCUGUCAUUGAACCACCUCAUGCCAUUAGAUAGUGAAAAAACCCCACCAAACGCUUUCAUAAUUUCUUUAAACAAUCAAAGCUAAUUUACCAACAUUUCUGAAAAUGUAUAUAUAGCGUUUUGGAAUGAAACUCUUGUUUUGGCAUAGUGUUUUGGCAGUUACAAAGACAGUGCCUCAGAGUGCCCAAGAGAAUGGUGAAGUAAAUUAAUAAAGAAAUAAAGAUGGCAUUGUGAUAUGUGCCAUGGAAGGGAUUGGUGAGCGCCCAUUUUACAGAGAGUGGAGGAACGAUGGCUCUCUACCUCCAUUACCUGCUGCAGUAGGGGGGUUGAUGAGAGGCAGUUGAAAUAUGAGGAUGGACCCCAGCGACACUCACCCCACUACCAGGGGCUGUCUCCUGACAGAAUGGUAUUCACCUGUUUUCUAUAAUAGUUGACAAUAGUUGAAUAGUACUUAAUUGUAGACACUUGAGAGAUAUGCAGUUCAUUGCAGUGAAUUCCAAUUAGUUUCUAUCAAUAGUCUCCUGAAGUACACUCCUUCUGUAUUACUCUUUGUACCAUUGUGUUCCCUGUUUCCUGAACAGUGCUUGGUGGAUGAGAUGGAGGAGGAGUGCUUGUACACUGAGGAGGUUUUUGCCUGAUGUAUAGAAGCCUCUGGUGCCAUUACUCUGUUUUAGUGCCACCCUAGUGGUCAUGGUGUUGUAUGCCCUGGCAGAUCAGCUCCGUGGCUUUGUAGCUGAUAUCUUCAUUCCCAGUACCACUACCCGUUUGCUGUACCAAUCACAUUUGUCCAGGUAGGUCACCAUUUGCUCAGGGUUAUUAUAAGAGUAGUCUGUGUCGGGUUUUGAGUUGUGUUGUUAUGAUUUUACAUGAGCCAUCAUCAAUGUUUCUUAUCAUCAUCAGGCCUUUGCUAUGUGGUAUCUUUUAGAAAUAAUAAUGACUAGUAUUAUUGCAAAUUAUCUUCAGCCAGCUGGUGUGCUACCGUGGCAAAGUUGGUUUGACUUUGGAUAGCCUAUCUACGGGGCUAAUUAUGGACUGUCAAUAAAUUACACAAUGUAAAUGGGACAAUAUUUUCAUGUUGCAGACCUUUUAGUUGUCUCAUUAAAUGCGUUCAAUAUUUGCAUAUGAAUUUCUACAAUUUAUUUUUGUUUUUUUUUAAGUGAUUGAAAUUGGGAGCUAUUGACAUUUUAAUAUUGUCCCAUGUACAUUAUGUAAUUUACUGAUGGUCCCUAACUAGCCCCAUAGGGAUAUGAAAUGGCAAACCAAAUUGACAAUGGGCAUUACAAUCUGGUCACAUGCAGCUGCGUUUCGAAUUGAUGAUUACUUGGGUGCUGCCCGCUUUGGGCAUGUGGGCAGGAUUGAAAUAAACCCAACCCAAGGAAAACUGUUACAGAACCCUCAUUAUGUGACAUACUGUACAAUUUUUUCCUAUCAUUUCGCAAAUAUCAGUUUUGGACGAGACUGACUUUAUGACCACUUAUUAACAAUUUGUAGUCAAUUUUGACACUAGAAUAAAUGUUUCUGACUCAUAUCGAUGCCAAAUAGGCCGUUUUCAAAAGGAGAAGUUGGUUUUUACGAGCAGUUACUCUUUAAAAUGGCUAAUGAUGGCUAAUGUUUGCCUGUGUUUAUGGCAUGUCUUUCCCAGGUGCUGGUGAGUCUGCUAUACUUGCUGUUCCUCCAUGCUGUGGGCCUGGCACCACCGAAGCCCUACUCUCUGUCUCUGGGUGAACGCCUGCUGGUGCCUUCUAUCUGUGGCAGUGCCCAAGCUGUGGUGGGUGUGAGGGCAGAGGCCAGUGCCCACUCUGGCAUGUACCCCCUCACCAUGCGCCUGCUGCCCCUGCUCUGUGUGGGCUGGAGCCAUGGCCUGCGGCUGGUAGUACCACCUUCAGUCCACCUAACAGACCUUAUCACGGUCAACACUUUCACCUCUGUCACUAUCACAAGUAAAUGCAUUUACAGUGUUUAGCUUGAGGAGAAAGUGAGUGGGGAAGAUAUGUGGGAAUUCUUAAGGCUUCAAAGGGAACUGCUCUCCAUUCACCAGUUAAUAACAGACUUUAUAAAAUCAAAUGUUUUGAGGUGUCAAUCAUCUGUUGUGUCAGUACACUAACUUACCCCUUCUCCCUGCAGUGUCUCAGGGUCUCCCGUCAGUGGAGGUUCUGGAGUGUCUCUACGCCCCGCUGGCCCUCCUUCUCCACAGCUUUUCUCUGACCUGGCUGGCCAAGGUGGCUGAGAACGAGCCCCGGCGCCACAGCAGCUCCCACACCUCGCCCUUUGACCUGUACUUCAUCCUGAUGGUGAACCAGAGCCUGGUGCUGGGCUUCCUGUGCCUGCUGCACCCAGAGGGCCCCCAGGCACUGGGUGAGGGUAGCUGGCACAGCCUGCUCUUCGUGGACUACCUGCUGGCAAUACUGCUGUAGGGAGCUCUACAGCACCUCUUGGUGGACAUGGCCACUCUGACCUUCUCACCGCUGGCUGCAGCGCUACUCCACACAGCACGCGGAUUAACAAGACCCUUGUACAGCCUGUUGUAGAAGAUCCAACAUGGAGGAGAAUGAAGUUGACCCUAGAUAAUUGUCUGAAGUCAGUUUUGCGUCCCUCCUAAUGGUUAAAGGGAGGAUUUGGCUAGAAUAAUCUGAUCCUAGAUCUGUGCCUAUAUGGUCAACUUCUACCAGGAGCAGGAUAAAUAGUUGUACUACAGAGCAGUAUUAUUCCCUCUCUGUAGUACAAAGACUUUCAACUCCCUAGGUGCAGCGCUUGGUACUUUUAUUACCAGCGCUUGUGUUCCUUCUUAUACUUUAUAUCAUACUUACUACUGAACCUAUAUAAAUGGUUUGAAAAGGCACUCAAUCUGUAGGGAGACUGGAUUAAACCUAACCUUUGCGCUAGAUUAUGCACUUCUACCAUACAGAAAUGAUCAGAAUGUGACUGGGAAGAUGUCAUA